AGAUGUCUUAAAAAUUAUGCAGAUGUGAAGUUUGAAAAGGAUAAAGAUGAUGAUGGUGAAGAUGGUGAUGAUGAUGGUGGUGGUGAUAGUGAUGCUAAACAGAAACGAGUAAAGAAUGUUAAAACAAUCAAAACCAAACGAAAGCUCAGAUCUUCAACUCGUCACCAAAAAAAUACCAAAAAUAAAAAACAGGUAAUUUUUAAAAAUGAUGAUGAUGAUGACGACGAUUAUGUUACUGAAGAUGAUGAUGAUGAUGAUUACAUUGGGAAAAAGAAGAUGACGAUGAUUAUGAUGAUGAUGAUGUUCACCUGUUGUGUUUGCUGGCGGUGGGUCUGCGUGUGAACCGUGCAGCCAACAACGGCAUCCUGCUUUCAGUCCUUCUCUCCAUCCUACCAUUCAACUCCAUCUUCAAGUCGGAGUCUCUGGCCGAGUGCAGGGUUGAACAUUUGGAGAGUUGAAAAUCUGGUUUCUUGACGAUUUGAGGUUGAAGAUUGAGAAAGUUGACAAUGCCAAUUUUGGCUUCUUUAGACACAAAAGAUUGGCUGAUGUGCUGCUACUCAGAAAGGAGCUUCCCCUCUCGGAACUUGAGUUCAUCAUGAUAUUUGUGAUGCUGUGUAGAGCUGUUGGAUUCUGCUGCAGAAUUGUCCAGUCAAUGCAGCCACUGUCUUACAAGGCAACUGAUCUGUGGAAGACAAAAUCCUCUUCCUCCUCUUCUUUUCUGAAAGUGGCACGCGACCCUGGUGCAACUGCCAAACAUGCAAACGAUGCCAAGAAACGCAAAGUUGAUGGAGACGACCAUAGCAAAAACAAGAACAACAACGACGAGAAUGAUGAUGACGACGAUGAUGACGACUUUGUAAAGAAGAAAAAAGCUAAAAAAUCAAAAAAGAGAGGUGAUUCAGUAUCUAAGGGUAAUAAGGGUAACAGAAAGCAGUCAACUUCUCAAGGAAAGAACUCAUUCAUAGGACCACCACCACCAUCAUCAUCAUCAUCGUCACCACCGAAAAAAACCAAAAACAAAGGCGUUGGUGAUUGGUGGUGUGAAGUUUAUUUGGAAGGAGCAUCUUCUUGGAUCAGUGUGGCCGGCCCCGAGUUAACGAUCAACGACUUGGAAGCCGCUGAGGCAAGGGCGACCAAACCACUUUCCUACAUCGUUGCUUAUGAUGAUGCCAGUCAUAUCAAAGACCUCACCAAAAAGUACGAUUCGGAUUGGUUGAAAAAGACUAGUAAAACGAGAUUGGAUGAACUCUGGUGGAGCGAGACUCUGAAGCCAUUUGCAGACGACCAAUCAGAGAGGGCCAUUGAAGAAGACCUGCAAAUACACGAAGCCGAUGCCCACCAGUUUGAACGAGUUCAAGAACCACUCACUCUCUGCUCAAAAGAGAAGUGGCUGAUUGAAGGUCGAAGAAUUAAGGCGAGUAUUGGUUCUGUCAUGAUGAUUGUGAUGAUGGAGGCAAUGAUGAUGAGGUUGAUGGAGGAAAAUGAAGAACCGUAUAAAUUUGUCAAGCCAAUACCAAAAGCUACCAAGCGCCAGGUAGUAGCAGCUAAAGAGGCGACGUUGGGUCUCUAUGGUUACUGGCAGACUGAACUGUACAUCGGUCCGCAAGCUCUCGAUGGACAAGUGCCUAAGAACAAAUAUGGUAAUGUGGACCUCUUCAAGCCAUGGAUGCUGCCAAAAGGGUGUGUCCUUUUGGAAGGGACGUUCUAUGGCAUGGGGAAGGCAGCACGGAGGGCAAAGAUCGAUGCGGCCCCUGCGAUGAUUGGUUGGGAAUUCCACAAGGGCCUCAAUCACCCCAUCCUUUUGCUCCUGCUGGUUAUGCGAAAAUCAAGAUGGAAUGAUAAGUUCCAUUUGAAAAGGCACUUCGUCCUAGUUCCCUGUUGCGAUCCAAUUGAAGCCUUCCUCCGUCUCUCUUGUGGGAUGCAGCUGAUGCUUGCUCUCAAUGUGUCAUUGAAGGGGUGGGUGGUGUGCGAGGAGAACAAAGAGGUCCUGCUGGAGGCCUGGAGGGAGGAACAACAGCUGGAACGAGAGAAGGAUAUGAAGAAAAAGGAAGAGAGAGUGAUGAAGAACUGGAGGAGGGUGAUCAAGCAUCUUCUCAUUAGAACUCGGCUAAAAAAUUUGAAGCGCUUCUGCAAACUUGAGAAGGCGAAGACUUCCAAUGCUGAUCAUGAUGAUGAUGAUAUUGUAGUUGGUGAUGAUGACGAUGAUGAUCUAAAUGGUGAUGAUAAUGGUAAUGAUGGUGGUGGUGGUUUUGUUGAAGAUGGUAAAAGGAAGAGAACUGUACUGCAAAGAAAUGCCAAGUCUAAAAGUAUCAAUAAUAAGAAAGAAGACGACGACGAUGAUGAUGAUGAUGAUGAUGAUGACGACGACGACGAUGAUGAUUUUGAGGUGGUUGGCGAUUAUGAAUGA